AUGGUGGUGAUUGACAAGCGUAGAUCGUUGAUAGUGUCCACCGCUGGCCAUUUCUUUGGCGUGCCUGUGAAAGACGACGAAACGAACGCCGAUGAACAAACGGUGUUAGGUAAUUUCUUGGACAGAGCCGGAUGCAGAAUUCUUUGUGCACAACCGGAUGUAGAGGAUGAGGAAGUACGGCUGAAGUUGAGUAACGAGCUACAAGUUGGUAGAAACACUUUAGUUUUCUUCAAGUUAACAGAGGCACCGGUGACAGAGAGGAAUUUUCACGACCUCGUUCAAGUUACGACGACCGGCAGUGGGAAAGGAUCGGCGUUAGUCGAGGCUCUUCGUCAAGUAUGGGCGCCGACACUUCGAUCUUCCGGUCUCAAUUCUGCCUGUUUGAAGAAGCUGGAGGAGAAUCUUCUCGGCUCGGCGGCAACGACUUCCGUCGUCGAGGAGGAGGAUUGUUGGAGAAAGACAUGGGAGGACGCGAAACGAUUGCACGACAAAACGAUUUACGCGGAGGCUGUAAAAACCUUGAGAAGCAUCAGGACCGAGUUGGAGAGUGCGGCGGUGGCUAGGGAUGGUUUAAUUAGCGUGGAUGACGCUGUCGAAGCAGUCUCAGGAUACGUCGACGAUUUGUGGAAAUUAGGUGACCUAGUGUACACCGAGGAACGGAUGAAAUCAUUCUUGGACGUCAUUGGAGACGAAUUAGUAUCUCUCGUAAGGAAUACAAUCGAAGAGAUUCGAACUACCGACGAUCGAAUAAAAAUUGAAGCGAUAACGAGCGGUGCGGGAAUCUGCGAGAAAUGGGCAGACAUGGUGGAAAAAUUCACCACGUUGUUUUGGCCUCAUCAUUCAGUUCAUCCGUGGAACGGUGGAAGUUUCGUACCUGCAAAAUGCUCGCGUAUUGGCAAACGUCUCAGGCAAAUUGGCGAGCUACGUGCUCAGUAUAGGCAAUUGACCAGGUUGCUCACUUCUAACGAGAGGUCUGGACUUGGUGCUGAUACCUUGAUGCAAUGUUUCGACGUUAAAGUGGUCUUCGAUGACGACGACAGAGGCGUUGAAUGGAACCGAUUGAAGAGAAGAGUCGAAGAAGGAUUGAUACCCGCCGAAGAACGAGUGGCGCAGAAACUAAAGUCACAAGUCGCCGAUGCCAACACGCCAAACUCCCUGCUCGCGGAAUUUCGACGUUACUUCGAGUUGAUGAAGAGAGACGGUUUGAAACGAGCUCUUCGUGGAGAACGAGAGACCUUGCUCUCGGCUUACAGAGAUCUUAUAGAGAAUUGCUUGGCUGGUCCGGACACGGGAGACUUGUUGGACAGUCCGAGGAUACUUCAAGAGGUCCAAGCUGCUCGAUCCGCGGAAUUAAGACUGGAAAGUUUAAACAAAUUGGGGAAGGAAUUGCUGGCGGAUCUACCUGGAUACGAAGAGAUCUCGUCGAGGGUAACGACUGUUCUGAAAGACGUUGAAAGAAAGAGGCAGAACUUCGUCGAUACUUGGACCGAGGAAACGAAGGAAGCUGUCGCAAGAAAGGAACUGACGCUAGGCACCGAUUCCGCGGUUGUCGAGCUAACUGGUACCAGUAUGAUGAGAGUCACGUACGAUCCAAGGCUGAUGACUUUGAUCAGAGAGGCAAGGGCACUUUCCAGCCAAGGUGUCGAGCUUCCUCGCGAGGUGAGGGAGCUGGUCGAAAGGGCAGGAUCUUUGGCCGGACGUGCCAGGGCCCUCCAACAAGUCGCCACCUUUCAUAACACGAUUGGCGAUCGUAUGGUACCGUCUCAAAGACCAUUGAUGCUUACCACCGCGUUGGAAUUGGCACGAGCCGUUCAAGAACAAUCCGGCGUGGUUUGGUCCGAUCCACAGGCUGUCGACGCUUACACUUCUAGACUGAAAGAAUUGGUAAGGAAGUUUGCACAACAGAACUCGGAGCUGGCGGCGAAGCACAGUUCACUGCGGGACCUGGUGUCCAAUUUGCUGAAAGGGGAAACUGUCAACAUGAUCGGGAAUCAGAACGCUUGGAAAGACACGUUGAUGAACAUGAGAACGGUGGUCGAUACCGUGGAGGCUGAAUAUGGAAACACAAAGGCAUGGAAGUUACACUGGGACAGACAGCUGCUAAAGGCGUUAGGCGUGGCUUACAGAUGGAAUAAUAAAGUAAAAAACUUGCUCUCUACCACCAGAGGCGCGUUGCCGUUGUUGCUGAAAAAGUUGCCGGAAGUUAAAGUGGAGUUGACUUUCCGCGACGGCUCGUUGCAGUGGCGACCAUCGCUCGAGGAAGUCCGUGCAAAAUUGUACUCGUCGAUUCGUCGAUCGCUCUCGAUCCCCAUGAACUUCAGAGGCGUCGGCGACGCGUCCGAGGCGCAUUUCGGCGGCCUGAUACAAAGGUGCUGUUACUUGUUCGGCGGCGUUUACAAGCAGGCUGAGAUCGUUCUCUCCGCUUUGGAAACGCUUCGUACGAAAUGGCUGUACCUGGCCGCGCCGGCGAAAAUCGACGCUGCUGAACGGUUGGAAGGUUACGCAGCAGCGACGUGAAAAUCUGGUGCAUCACCGUGGACACAGCAACGACCAGAAACGAUUUAGAAUCAGCCUCGCGUCGUUAUUGGGAACGUUUGUGCUCUGAUCUGAGGGUGGAAGCGUCCUCGAGGCUGGUCGCCAUCGUGGACUUCCUUUCGUCUGCCUCGAAAGAACUUGAACGCAGACCUCGAAACGUGGAGGAAGUUGGAUCGGCUUACGAAGCUCAUGCACGGAUCGAAGGUCAAUCUUCUGGCAUGGCCGAGGAGAUGGAAGCCGUUGCUGGCCUGUCGAAAGUGCUGGCUGUUUGGACUAGCGAGAAACUCGAAGGUGUCAGCGCGGCGUACACAGCCUGGCAAGAUCUAGCCGAUCGCCUAGAGCGUCACAAAGCCGUGAUAGAUCGCGAGCUCGAGGACGCGAAGGUAAACCUUCGUCACAGAGCGGUAGCUCUGCGAGACGAGAUCGAAAGGUGGCAAGCAAAGUGGCUGUCGAAGCCGGAAAUCCUCACGUUAGACUGGAUCAUCUCGAUGAAAGAAAGAUGGACGUACUUGAAAGAGCAAUUGGACGUCCUGAGAAACGACUGCCGCAAAAUCGAACUGAACGUCGACGAUGUUCUAGAGGGCGACGAGGAGAACAUGAAGAAAUUGGAGCUACAGCUGGAGGUGGAGGAAUCCAAUUGCCGAUUCCAAGCGGAAUUUUUAGAGGAAUUGAAGAAUCAAGAGGACGAAGAGUGGACGGUGGCCAGAAGGAGAUUACCUAGACUUCACGAUUGGCUCGAUUCCUGGGAAAGCAGGAUAAAAGUUCAGUUAAAGGAUCGGCUGAAAGAGGAGUCGACGGAUCAGAAGAAUAAUUUAGAAAUGGGCACGUUCGUUGGUAAGAAGGUUCGCCAGGUGAGAGGGACUAUCGAAUGGCUGCAACUUCUUCGCGGUGACGAGGUUGCGGAUGAACAUUGGGGAGAAUUGAUGCCACUGUUGGAGCUGAGGGACGUGAAGAGCGUGAGGGACAUCACGUUAGGUCACCUGUUUCGCUCCGCGCAGAAGAUUCAAGAGAACGUUGACAAAAUAAAGGAAAUAACGAAGAGAGCUGCGGCAGAAAGUGGUAUCCGACAAGGGUUAAUGGAGUUGGAAUCUUGGGAAGCGUCGGCCCAUCUUCAGCUACAAGAAUCGAGGGACAGUAGAAAUGCCGUCAUUACUCUCGUCGAGGAGUAUGGCAGUUUGUUAGCAAGAGCAGGUGAAUUAAGGCUUCUAUUGGAGGGAGCAAAGGGUGCGUCAGGAUACGAAAGGUUCGCAGCUAGAGUUGGACGAUGUGAAGCUGGAUUGUCCGAGGUCGAAGAGCGAAUAAAAGCUUUGAGUACCAUACAGAGAAAGUGGGUUUACCUGGAGCCAGUCUACGAAGGUGGCGCUGCCCCGAACGAUACUGGCAGAUGGUCCAGAGCUAACAAAGAAUUUAGAUACCUUAUGGGUGAGGUAGCUCGUGAUCCGAGAGUGUCGUCUUUGAGGAGACUUUCACUUUCGGCUUUUACAAAUCUGAAGGACUUGCUCGACAGAUGUCAGAAAAGCCUCGACGAGUAUUUGGAGGACGAUAAUGGACUAACGGCUGUUGUAUCGCCAGAAGGUGAAGUAUUGCAAUUAUCCAAGCCUGUCGAUCUUCGGGACCCAUUACCACGAUGGUUGAGUAAUCUCGAGGAAGGCAUGAAAAAUGCUCUUCGACAGAGUUUGGAAAAAUGUUUGAUGGACGCCACGCCUGAUCCGUCGUCUUAUCCGACUCAAGUUCUACUGCUAUCGGAGAGGAUUCGUUUCACGGAGCGAUGCGAAGCCGCUUUGAAGGAAAGUCGUUCAGCUUUAAAGAAGCUCGUUGAAUAUCUAGAGACACAACGAGCUAGAUACAGGGGUUUGGAAGACGCUGGUGAUAAAUUAACGGCAUUAAAAGCACGUGGCCUUCUGCUCGAUACAGUUCACCAUCUGGAGAUAGUCAGAAAUCUUUUAAACGUCGCACAACAGGAAGAGUCCAGUGUUUGGGCCUGGCAGAGACAACUAAGAAGUUACAGAACCAACAAAGGAGCGGUUGUACGGUGUGCCGGUGCCGAAUUUCCGUACCGUUUCGAGUAUCAAGGCGCGGCGGUGGGACUGGUUCAAACGUCAUUAACCGAAAGGUGUUUCUUGGCACUUACUCAGGCGAUGAAGCUCGGUUUGGGCGGCAGCCCUACCGGGCCAGCUGGAACUGGAAAAACCGAGAGCGUGAAAGCUCUUGGCGCUAUUCUCGGCAGGCUCGUUUUAGUUUUCAAUUGCGACGAAGGAAUGGACGCCGGAAGUAUGCGACGUAUCCUAGGUGGCUUGGCCCAGGCCGGCGCGUGGGGUUGUUUCGACGAGUUCAAUCGCCUCGAAGAGGAAACACUGAGCGCGGUGGCGAUGCUCGUCAGGCCGUUGCAGGAAGCAGUUCGCGAUGGCUCCACCGAGGUUCUGUUGGACGAUCAGAAAGUGAAACUGGAUCGUCACUGUUGCGUCUUCAUCACGAUGAAUCCCGCUGGCUCCGAGUAUGGCGGCCGUCGCAAGCUCCCGGAUUCUCUGGCGCGGUUAUUCAGACCCGUUGGAAUGGCGCAUCCGGACAGGUCUGACAUUGUGAGAGCAUUGCUGGAAUGCGCUGGAUUCCUGGACGCGGCGACACUGGCGAAACAGCUGGUGGAAACGCUGGAUAUCGCGGAGAUACUGCUGUCGAAUCAGCCGCACUACGACUGGGGCCUUAGGGCGCUUAGAUCCGUGCUCAACGCCAUCCCCGCGAAAACUGAAUUGGAUGAAACAAGCAGACUAGUGGCCGCGAUCAGGGCAUCGACGUUACCGAAACUGACAGAGGAAGACACUGCACGAUUCCUCUCUCUGCUGGAGGACGUUUUCCCAAGAGCAGACCCGUCGUUGUCCACGUUGAUCGAAAGGCAAGAUCUGCAAGACGCUCUGCUCGAACUUUGUGCUGAACAAGAACUGGGCAAGGAAAUGGCGAACAGAUGUAUUCAGCUGAACGACCAGUUGAAAAGCAGAACUGGAGUGGCGAUUGUCGGGCCACCGGGGUGCGGUAAAACCACCAUCAGGAAGCUUCUGUGCGACGCGCUAACGAAAAUCGGCGAAACGAUCGUUCAGUUUCACGUGUUUCCCGGGGCGAUGCCGAAAUCGAGGCUUUUGGGUCGUGUCGAUCCACAGACCAGAGAAUGGAAGGAAGGUCUGUUAUCCAGCGCAGUUGUAUCGGCUGGCGAUUCUACAACUUGGAUUAUUUUGAACGGCGACGUAGAACCAGAUUGGGCGGAGGCUCUAAACUCUGCUCUAGACGACAAUCGAUUGCUGACUUUGCCGAACGGCGUGGGUGUGAGACUCGGUCCUAGGACAAAGUUCAUUUUCGAAACUCACAAGCUCGACGACGCGAGUCCUGCAACGGUGUCGCGAUUAGGGGUGGUUCAUUUGGGCUGGACGAGUCCUAAAUCUUUGCUGGUGUCGUCGCGAUUGAAUGCAAUCCCUGAGGCAGCAAAGGAACUCGCAAACUCUCAUCUUUGUUCGUGCGUCGAGGAGUGUCUGAAGAUCAACGCGGACGUUUCGUCAGCGUCGGGCUUAAUGGACUCGACGUUUUGCCAUUUGAAGGGCUCUCGCACCUGCACUUCCGCUUCUUACGCUCUCCUCGCAUCUUUGUGCAAUCAAAUAGGCAAUGAAAACUCCAGGGAUAAAUUAGCACGGUUGAUCUAUCAACUCACUGACUGCUGGUGCCCAGAUCCACAGAAACCGUGUUUCGUAGUAUAUAAUCAAGAUGCAGACAGAUUGGAAGCUAUUGGCGACUCUGAUGAAUCCACGGACACUGACGAUGGCCCCGUCUCACUGUCAGGCGCAAUGAGAGGAGCAUUGUCGUCUGUGUUGCCAUGGAUGAGAAACAACCAGUCGAUUAUGAUAAGAGGGCCAGAGGGUUGUGGGAAAAGCACCCUGAUAUCUGUCAUACUUUCUUCGAUACGGAACGUCGAGCAAUCGACUUUGAUAAAAGGUUCGUCUCUCUACGGACCUCAAGAUCUGGUGACCAAGUUAAAACGGGGUUGCGUGCAACUAAAUUCGUCCUCCCAUGGAAGAACGUACAAACCUAGAAACGGAUCUAGAGUCGUUUUGAUCUUAGAGGAUGUGCAUCUUGCAUCGAACGACUUGCAGGAACUGGCGCGAGAAUUGAUUCAGGAAGGAGGAUUCCACGAGGAAGAUCUGGAAUUCGCAAGAGUCCCACUAACGAUUCUAUGCACAGCAGACGCGACGACUCGAUUGCAUCCGAGACUCGAAGCUCUCUUGUCCACUCACUAUCUCCCAUAUCCAAGUUCAAAGGACAUAAUGGCUAUCUUGGAAUUGCAUCUGAGGGACUCUUUGAAAGGGGAUCACGUUAUGAUCGAAUCUUGGAUCGCGCAAAUGGCACCUGUCAUACUAGACGCAUUUCGAUCGAUCAAAUCUUCUUAUGGCUCGUCCAUCGAUUGGACACCGAAGAAUUUGGUCUUAUGGGCAGACAGCUUGAAGUAUUAUCCUUCCCCAGAGGACGAAUCGAAUAUCACGCGUCAUUUACUCGAUGCUGGGAAACGUCUGUUCUAUCCUAGCCUGUAUUUCCCGAUUUUUACAUUUCUGCUGGACUGCAAAGAGUUUUUCACUUUUCGUUCUGUCGAUCGAGCCAGGCUGACGUCGAAAGAUCAGGCUCGCUGGGAAUCCAUUAUCCUAUCGAAGACCUCGACAUCGGUGACGCUGGGAGGCGAUGUGUACAUAUGGAAACGUGGAAACAAUGGGUUGCUGGUAUUGGACGAGGAACAGUGGCGGAAGGAGAUAAUUAACGCAGCAGCGAGAUGCGCGAGGGAAGGCGAUCCGGUACAUGCAUCGAUUUCGUCUCACCUGUUGCACACGGUGGCCGGUUUGAGCUGGACAUUUGGAACGAAUCUGAGGGGUGUGAUUUUAGUUGGACGACCCGGUGCUGGAAGGAAAUCAGCAGUGAGACUCGCUGCCAUGUAUUCCUCUCUUCGUCUGAUAGACUCGGGACCUGGUCGUGGUCGAACAUCGGUGAAAACGGCAGUUCAAGCCGCUGGAAUCGACGGUGAGCCGACUUUGCUUUUGCUAGAAGAGCAUCAUAUGAGGGAAGCUGGCUUGGCUGUUUUGGCCAGUGCAAUAGUGUCGAGAGGGGAACUUCCAGGGUUAUUUACAGUGGAGGAACUCGACGGGUUAAUAGCGCCGUUGGCUGACGUAGCGAGAAGAGAAGAUUUUUCCAGCAUGUUGGAGCAAUAUCUCUAUCAUCGUCUACGCAGUUACCUUCGAGUGGCCAUAAUCCUGGACAGCAGAGAGCUUCGUUCGCCCUGGUUGUCGCGUUCUGGACUUCUCAGUCAUUGUGCGUUGAUCAGCCCUGGAGUUGGCAGCGAAUGGUGGUCCUGGGAAGAUGCUUUGACCGAGAUAGCCUGCCAACAAAUCGGCCUCGACGGCGAGGACCGCGAAGAAACACCGCCUGGCGUUAAAGUGAUGGUGAAGGCACAUCUCGAUGCACCGCGACAGCAGCAGGCCCCUGCUCGAUUCUUUGCUCUGUUGCACACUUGGAAGCAUCUGCACGUGACUUGGAACGAGGAGGUGGAGCAGAAAUUAAACAGUCUCGAUGCCGGCGUAGGAAAGUUGAAGGAAGCUGGGGCGCAAGUCGCUAAACUCGAGGACGAAGUUUCGAAACAGCGUCAGGAGCUGGAGGCAGAGAAAGGACGUGCCAAUGCAGCGCUCGAGCAAAUCACCGCGACGAUGAGAGGUGCCACGGGUCAAAGAGGCGAAAUGGCCAACUUGAAAGCCGAAACCGAACAGGAGAGCACAGAAUUGGCUCGCAGGAAGGCCGAAAUCGAAGGGGAAUUAGGGAAAGUGGAGCCGUUAGUGGAACAAGCGGCGCAAGCAGUGGCUGGCAUCAGCGCUGACGCAUUAGCGGAAGUUCGUUCUUUGAGAGCACCUCCAGCGCCUGUGAGAGACGUCCUCGAGGGUGUCCUUCGUUUAAUGGGCAUAAAAGACACGUCUUGGAAUAGCAUGAAGACGUUCCUGGCGAAGCGCGGUAUUAAGGAUGAAAUAAGAACGUGGGACGCGAGAAGAAGCACACCGUCGAGUCUGGAGGCGGUUGCCAAGUUGGUCAAGGAGCGGCCGGAGAGUUUCGAGGAGAAAACCGCGAAACGAGCUUCGGUGGCUGCGGCUCCUUUGGCCGCCUGGGUCCUCGCGAACCUUCAAUAUGGCCAGAUUCUUCAGCAAGUCGCGCCCCUUGAGAGAGAGCAACGACAGCUGGCCGAACGUUUGUCAGCGGCAGAGGCACAAAUUGGCAAGUUAGCAGAGGGGCUGAACACGGUGGAAAGUCGUGUGGCGCAGCUUCAAGAGGAACUAGCAGAACGCUCAAGGGGUGCAGCCGCGCUUCAACUACGCGCCGAGACAACAGAGGCGAGGCUAGCGACUGCAAGAGCGUUGCUGCAGAAAUUGGACACGGAGCAUCGCGACUGGCAAGCGCAAUUAGAGGAACUGACCAGCAGAAAACAAAAGUUGGACGUCGAGGCUGCUAAUGUUGCAUCUCUGCUGGUUUACGAAAAUCUUGGGAAAGAUGACAAAUGGAAGAAAUCAGCCAUAGAUCUCUUGAUCAGCGAGAGAGAAAGGCUACUGUGGCGAGCUCAGGGUUUGCCAGCGGACACCGGAAGUCUGGUCGGUGCAUCCUGCGCUCUCAGAGGCCCCUUGGUUCCCAUAUUCAUCGAUCCGUCCGGCCUGGCAGUGUCGUGGCUGAAAAACAACGCCGACUCAAGGAUGGAGGUCACAAAGCCGGAGGAUGCUAAAUUUUUGACCACGUUGGAAUUGGCUGUUCGGUUUGGCAAACCAUUACUGGUGGAGGAACUCGUUGAAUUCCCAUCGAUUCUGUUGCCAUUGCUGCGUCGACGUCCCCUGAAACUCGGCGAAAGAACGUUACCUGCGCCUCAAGGCUUCAAACUUUUCUUGGCCACUAGACGAGACAAAUUGGAUGGUUUCCCGAAGGAAGUCGACGCGGUUUUGUUCAAAAUUGCACUCGGUGCCGGCACCAAGAGUUUGGCCGAGAGAUUCGUCGAGAAGGUUCUGUUGAAGGAGACGCCGGAACUGGCGACACAGAGGAAGGAGGCGUUGGAACGCGAAGAAAAAUUAUCAGGAGAACGGGACACCGCGAGAUUGGAUCUGUUGGCGCAGCUGGCCACGGCCAGAGGUCAAGAUCUCCUUCAGGAGUCUGAAGGAUCGCACGGCGGGCUUUUGUCAUCGUUGGAAGCCACUCAAUCGAAAGCCAAGGAAAUAGCUCUAGCACUUGAGCAGAGCCGACGAAGCUUCGAAGAUGUCACCAGGAGAGCCAAAGAGCAUGAGAAAUUGGCGAAAUUCGCCGCCAACUUGUACAAAACUGUAAGAGGACUCACCGCAUUGAAUCCGCUGUACGUGUUCUCGGCGGAAGCUUUCACUGAUAUUUAUUUAGAGGCGGAAGAUUACAGGAGAUCGAUAUUGUCCCAAGACAAAAGGGAACAAGACAGGCUGAUCGAGAAACGGCUGACAGCUUUAACUCUUCAUCAUUGCUCGAGGGCUGUGUACAGGGAACAUCGAUUACCAAUCGCGUUACAAUUGGCGCUUUCGUUGAACUCCGUGCCAGACGUCGAGAGGAAUUUCUUAUUAGGCGAAGUCCCAUUAAACGGCGACGAGGAUACCGACUACAAAAUACCUGAUUGGGUGCCGGAAGAGAGGCGUUUAUCAGUCCGGGCGUUAGCCUCGUCGUUCCCGCAAGUAACUGCGAGGAUGAAGCAAUCCUGGUUGAACGAUGUGAACAACAUUUACGCGGAGAGCAAUUUAACUACGUUCCAAAAAAUUCUACUGAUAAAGACCCUACGUCCGGACUAUCUGCACACGGCUCUCUCGAAACUGGCUGCCGAAGUACUAGGCGUGAAAGAUUUGGCGCCACCGCACUGGUCCCUGAGAAAGGUAGCCGAGAACGAAGCUACAUAUCCCGUGCUGUUACUUCUGUCACCGGGAGCUGAUCCCGGUUCUGAGCUGAGAGCAUUAGCCAGUAAUCGGGUCGCAUCGGCCACAGGAUUCGUCGAAGUGUCUCUCGGACAGGGUCAAGUUGCUCAGGCGGAACUGUCGCUUGAGAAUGCUUGCCGGGACGGAAGCUGGAUACUGUUGAGCAACCUGCACUUAGCCUUGAACUGGCUUCCCCGACUGGAGAGUCUGCUCAGAUCGCUCUGGUGCAAGAAGAAUCCCACGGCAAGGAUCUGGUUAACGACGGAAGAAUGCGGGCGAUUCUACCCGAGCCUCGCCGGCCUUUGUUUGAAGCUCGCAUACGAGCCACCGGAGGGUGUGAAAAGGAACGUGAAACGAUCGCUGCAGCAACUGCAUCAGAAACACCGGAGAGACGUGAACGUUUCCGGUAGCUUGUUGCUGUCGUGGCUGCACGCAACGCUGCAGGAACGAAGGAAAUUCGUUCCUCAGGGUUGGAUAAGGCCGUACGAGUGGAACGAGUCCGAUCUCGAGGCAGCCUACGAAUUGGUAGUGAAAGAAAUGGCGGAGUCAGCGAAGAGCAGUGACAAGGACGGCGAUUGGCAGACUGGCAGGGGAUUGUUGGACGCGGCGAUUUAUGGCGGUCGUUUGCAAAACGAUUACGAUAUGAGAGCACUGUGCUCGAUUGUUCGUGACGUCUGGUGUUCCGAGGUGUUUCGCGGCCGGAGGAAAUUGGCCGGUGUUCUGAGGAUGGUUGAUGGCUCGUUCGAGGAGAUGGCCAAGACUCUGGAGACCGUUCCGGAUAAUGACUCGCCCAAAGAGUGCUUUGGAUUACCGGCGAACGCGCACAGAGCUUGGGAGAGGACUGCUGCUGAGGCUGCGUUGUCGCAUUUGAAAGGUUUGUCGACAGUGACUAAUUGUGAACAUUCGCAGGGAAAUUCGUGUUAA